ACAGCUCAGUUCUAUCGGUACUUCAAAACAACUAAAGAAAGAGAGCAGAGGAUAAGAAAAGGGAAAAAUGAAGAGCAUAAAGAAAGGUGCAAAAGGAGCAGGCGUUUGCUAAAUGUAAGGACUAGCUAAGUUGUCUUGCUUCUGCCAUGCUAAACUUAUAUUCAAGAAUAAAUUUUCAAGAUAGUGUGGCUGAAGCAUGGCUUCUGAAUCAAAUGUUUCAAUUCAGUUUGACAACAAGUGUUGUUCAAUACUAUGGCAAAUUUGUGCAUGGCAUUGUACCAACAUAAUAAUAGUUUGAAAACACAAUACAAUGUGGGAUAAUAUACAGCAACAAAAAAUGAAACAAUGCCAUGCGCAAAUUUGUCAUACACUGUAUGUUGGACUGGUAUGUUUACAACUGGUGUACAAAUACACAUUAAUUAGGAAAGUCAACCUUGCUGGUAGUUAACCAAAUAAUAUGGGUUUGCUUUAAUUUAGUACUGUUUUGUAGCAUGAAUUUUUUUCUGGGAGUCCUAUUUAUUGCUGAUUGUUAUUUUCAUAUUUUAUUUCUUUUGUGGGAUAUCAUUUUGAGUUAGAAAAGUAUUUCUAUUUGACAAUAAAUUAUAUGUUUUCUAGAUAUAAUUUGGUCUAGUCAUUAACUAAAUAAUGACUGAAUUGUUGCUUUUUGUUCCAUUAGAAACUGGAAAGGUGUCAGUCAUCCUAUGAGAUGCUACAAGCUUCUAUGACACCAAAAGAAAAACAGUAUUAUAGUGAAAUCCUUUACAUUGAUUACAUGAGCAGCAAAGAAUCAGAUUAUGAGGAGCAAGAAGAUUUCAUUACUGGUGAAAAAGAAAAGAAACUGGCAAGAUAUGUAACCAAGAAGCUAUCUUGGGAAAGAACGAGCUUGACAAAUGCAAAAGCCAGGCUAGACAGAACCUACAAAAAUAAUUUGACCCCCCAUGCCAGGGCAAUGGCUAAGCCAAGGAGUGUUGGUGGCAUGUCGGAGAGGCCUGCACCUGCUGGCCCACUUUGGGCUGUCAGGCAGAUAAACAAUGAGUUGUGA